AUGUCAGAACCUUCGCCCGAUAUCGUCGAGAUCGCCCCUGACCAAGACUUGGUCUUUCAGAAGUCGGUUUUUCUUGCCAGCUCCCCGACCUUUGACGACUGCUACCACUCCUUUUCUGGCCAGAAAGAUAAAUCGCCCUCAUUUCCUCUUUUUGAAAAGCCUUGGAAGGGAACAACUAUAGACGUGUUGGAAAUCUGGCUAAGAGCUUUCCAUGGCAACCUCAAUGAGGCCUCUUUCAAAAUCGCUAUCCCAAAAGUGUAUGAUAUAAUGGCAAUAGCCCAAAAGUAUUGCUUCGAAUUGAAGGAUCCGAAACCUUGGUUCGACCAAUGGUAUGAGAAGAAUAAAGGUGACAUCAAAGAACAGCUUCUCCUUCUUUGCUGGGAGUUCCGUCAUGAUAAGGCAUUUCUUCAACUAUCGGGUUUCUUGGUUUAUCAUCCGAACGGACGCGUCACGGCCCUAAGCCAAGCAUUGACUACAGCGUGA